AUGGGAAGAGAAGAAGUCCAACAACAGAAGUUGCUAGUGGAACCAUGGACCCAGUUUACUACCCGCCGGGCCGGCCACCUCACUAGCGCAGAAGAACAUGAUAAUCUAUCCCCUUAUGGCCUAGGUCUCAUGCUGGCAUAUCCUCACGAAGCCUUUCCUCCCGCUAGCGUUGAUUCUACUAGAGAGGACAUUAUCCUGACGCCCCAAAAUCUUUACGGUGGUUGGGUCAAUCCGGAGGACUUGACACCUAUGCCACAAUGCAUCGCUCAACAGGAUCAAUCCACUUGGCUGAGUACCAUGACGAAGUGUACCAGCAAACGGUGCACGAGACACUUCGGAAUCAUCUGCACCCACCACCAAUGGUUGACCCAGCUCAGCUGUCUAAGCACAGAAUUCUCCUCCGAGGUUGUCAAAGGGUAUCUCCCACACUGUAGCCGCUCAGUGCUCGCCAAAGCGCAGUUGUAUCGGUGGAUUCAUACCAUUACCGGUCGGACGUGGCUUGUCGACGUUGGCGACACGAACGAGCUGCAAACCCUCUCACCGGCUUCGCUGGCUCAAGGAUAUGCGGCCCUUGGCGUCAUUUACAAUGCACCGGCAUGCUUAAUGGGCUCGGUUUCUGCUUCAUCAAUGGAACCAUUUCAACAUGUCAUGGCCUCAUGUAGCUUCACGAGCACAACCCAACAUACCGGAAAUACCGAUCGUCCCUGGGAAUACAGUGAAAGCCUACAUUCCAUGAUCACUCUCGAUUCUGAAACUGUCGGUUACGAUCACACCCACCGUAUCAUCAGAUAUGGCGACUAUUUUGAUAAAGACUGCCUCUGCGGCGCGGCUGGAGAUGAUAGACUUGAAAGGGAACGGCUGUGGAUAAGUGCCACCUGUGGGCCGAGGUCUCUACCCGACAACGGGACGGACGGGCUCAAAACCACCGAAUUCGCAUAUAUCCCCAUCGAAGACUGGCACUGGCCCACGUGUGUCACAGAUAUCCCGAAGCGAUUGACUGAGCUGACUGAGCUGAAUGGUCAAUGUGCUACCGAUGCUUGUGACCUCGACUCUGAUGGCUACUGUAAAGUGGUGCGCGCAGUUGAUAGGGCUUGCUUCUGCCGGUACAUUCGCUACAACUCCUGCGGCGGAUCGUGCCAUGUUUUCGAAACCCGAAUCGAUUAUGUAAAAUGGCUUCACGAUCUUUGUGGCAAUGUGCAGGACUGGCAUGGUCUGCCAGAUAAUUGGGGCCGUUUAGCCGCCCCUACCGUUCUCGACAUGAUUCCAUGGCCAUGGACUAUCCGAUCAUCGCACGAUUCAAACAGUGACUCUGCCACGAAUCUGGGAUCUAAAAAGGCAAUGGAUACAUGUGCCUCAACUGAGUGGAAGCUCGGAAGCUUUGCGCUGAUCAAUAUAGCUACUUUCUUUGCCGUAUUUCUCGGCCGGGGAACAGGCAUACAUCAAAUCGCACUCAACUCUCUAUGGAACCCGCACCCGCGGUGUUGGUUCUCCACUGGCAUUUUGAUCGCUAGUUUUCAACUUCUUGCAAACUGGCUGAAUGCCUUUCUUGUCCAGCAAUCCUUUGGUUAUGAGAACGUACCCGUACUCCAGUUGAUGCUUCUUUGGUGCGCAAUGCCUCGCCUUAAUUUGCUGACGACUUUGCUGGCUGGUAUAGGACCCUUCAAAGCGAUGAGUAUCUCUGCCGCCGCCUCUUCGCUCUUUGCGGAAGCGAUCCUCCAGGUCAUAUCAUCGUAUUAUCUGAUUUUGACCGUCAAUUAUGGUCGCGAACAUGACUUCUACCUAAGAGGUAUGGAAAGACUAGAUAUGGCAACAUGGGCAAAAUUCAUGUAUGCUGGAGCACUCUUGUGGCUCAUUGUUAGCAUCGUGACGAUCGUUAAGUUGUUGCAAGCUGCAUGCAGGUGGCAUGUAUCGACUGGAGCUGGUAACAUCGAUGUACCAAAGUGGCAGAACCAGCAGCCACGGAACAUUGUGGAAGAAGGGUUGGCUCAGUUCAUCCAACACUGGGCACGGUUUGAAGAAAACCUAGCGCAUCAUGGGAUAGCUAAGAGUGGGGAGUUAGAAGAGACAUCGUCGCUCCUUAACGAGGGAGGAACUUACACAGCAUAUGGCACUUGCUCUGUUGAAGGACAUAACACCUCUGCUCCCCCAGGAUCAUUCGUGAGACUGUAUGCGGUCACGGUCAUAGGCAUGCUCCUCCUUUGGAUUGCCCAGUGGCUCUUUUGGGGUGGCUUCAUUGGUCUUAGUCUGGAAGAAUUCUGCCCCCCUAAACUUGAGCUUCUCACGGCUAUUUGGAUUGCGUUCUCGUUGGCAAGCGUUACUGUCGCUAUUCGAUACACCGAGUAG